GUGACACGCUUGUGGAGGAAGUGGACUGACGGGCUGCAGCCAGGGGCCGCAUUCUACCAAGUAGUUUAGCAAGAUAGCGUAUUAUCUUUAAAGAUUUAAUAUGUCCUGGCUGUUUGGCCUGAACAAGGGGCAGCCCGAAGCACCCCCUACCCUCCCGGCUCCGCCGCCGCCGCCACCGCCUCCGGCUGGCGGCUCCGGUGGCGGCGGAGAUAAACCCAAGGACAAAUGGAGCAACUUCGAUCCGACCGGGCUGGAACGAGCGGCUCAGGCUGCCAAGGAACUCGACACGUCCCGCCAUGCCAAAGAGGCUUUGGAUUUGGCUCGAAUGCAGGAGCAGACCACUCAGAUGGACUACCAGAGCAAAAUUAAGGAAUACGAGGCAGCAGUUGAACAACUUAAAGGAGAUCAGAUAAAAAUCCAGGGAGAGGAGAGAAGGAAGACUCUGAAUGAGGAGACCAAACAGCACCAAGCGAGAGCUCAGUACCAAGACAAGCUUGCUAGGCAGAGAUAUGAGGACCAGCUCAGGCAACAGCAAGUCCUGAAUGAGGAGAAUCUCCGUAAGCAGGAGGAGUCAGUCCAAAAGCAAGAGGCCAUGAGGAAGGCUACAAUACAGCACGAGAUGGACUUGAGGCACAAGAACGAGCUUCUGCGCAUAGAGGCCGAGUCUAAGGCACGCGCCCGCGUAGAGAGGGAAAAUGCUGACAUAAUCCGGGAGCAGAUCCGUCUGAAGGCUGCGGAGCACAGGCAGACUGUUCUGGAGUCCAUCAAGACUGCAGGCACCGUGUUCGGAGAGGGCUUCAGGGCCUUCGUGUCAGAUUGGGACAAAGUCACAGUUACGGUAGCAGGACUGUCAUUUUUAGCUCUGGGAGUGUAUUCAGCCCGCAAUAUAACAGCGGUGGCUGGGCGCUACGUCGAGGCUCGCCUCGGAAAGCCUUCGUUGGUCAGAGAGACGUCUCGUUUCACCGUGGGCGAGGCCAUCAAGCAUCCUAUCAAGAUGGCAAGACGGCUGAAGAGCAAACCCUCGGAUGCCCUAGAGGGGGUGGUGCUGAGUCCUAAGCUGGAAGAGCGUGUCCGUGACGUCGCCAUAGCAACGAGGAACACCAGGCAGAACCACGGCCUCUACAGGAACAUUCUCAUGUACGGUCCUCCGGGCACUGGGAAAACCCUCUUUGCUAAGAAGCUGGCGGUGCAUUCUGGGAUGGACUAUGCAAUUAUGACAGGCGGCGACGUUGCGCCCAUGGGCCGUGACGGUGUGACUGCAAUGCACAAAGUCUUCGACUGGGCUAACACCAGCCGUCGCGGAUUGCUGCUCUUUGUCGAUGAAGCUGAUGCAUUCCUUCGCAAGCGAUCCACCGAGAAAAUAAGUGAAGAUCUCCGAGCCACUUUAAACGCAUUCCUGUAUCGCACCGGCGAGCAGAGCAGCAAGUUUAUGAUGGUGCUGGCCAGUAACCAGCCAGAGCAGUUUGACUGGGCCAUAAAUGACCGUAUAGACGAAAUCAUCAACUUUGCUCUGCCAGGUCCCGAGGAAAGGGAGAGGCUGGUGCGGCUGUACUUUGACAAAUACGUGCUGGAGCCUGCCACUGGAGGGAGGCAGAGGAUGAAGCUGGCCCAGUUCGACUACGGCCAGAAGUGCUCCGAGAUCGCAAGGCGCGCAGUGGGCAUGUCGGGUAGAGAGAUCUCCAAACUGGGUGUCGCCUGGCAGGCGGCAGCGUACUCCUCCGAAGAUGGAAUCCUGACGGAGGCCAUGAUCGACGCGCGGGUCGACGAUGCCGUCAAGCAGCACCUUCAGAAGAUGGACUGGCUGCACGGAGAGGGUGGAGAGGAGGCCGAAGCCAAGGCCAGUUCAUCGCCGCAGGCCGGGGCGGCAGGCAGUGGGGGUAAAAUGGGCUUUAAUCUGCCCCCCAGCGAGGCACCCCAGGCUCAGGAGGUGAUCGCGCCGGUCCUUGAGACGAGCGUGAAAGAAGAAAGCGCAGACACGCCGCAGGAGUUGACGGCGCCCUCCUCAGACAGCACGGGGAAGUCAGCAGAGAGCGAAAGCGACGUCCCGGCCGAAGGGCGGGUCGGUGAAGAUGGUGUCAAAGCAGAAGCCGAGACAACGGGAGAGAGUUUAGGCCAAACCAGUGCCCCCGUUUCUACUGAGGGUGAGGCAGAAAAGGAGGGCAAGACUGUACCUCCCCCAAAAGACGGAACACCGGUUUAGCAUUUGGGGUUGUAUGGACAGGACUGCAAGUGAUUAGAAAAGGAAAGGAAAAAAUACAGGCGCAUACGUCUCGUCUUUCCUGAGUAGUGUCUGUUAAAUAUAUGUCCACAAGUCUGUCUCUGUCCUCAUGGCAGAGGUUAGAGAAGUAGGAGGUGGGAGCAACACACCAAUAUUUUAUCACAACCAAGAUGGCACCUCAAGCUUGUGAAUCAUCCUAAUAUAUUAACAUCUGUAAAGAUUUUAAACAUGUACUUUACAUAAAACCAUUCAUCUGUAAUCAUAGAAAUGUCAAAGCUGUCUGCUGAAAUGAUUAAAUGGGUAUGAUUGUUUUUAUAAAUGGUGACAGUUCCCAUAUUUCUUAUACUUUUUUGAGGCGUACAUGACGUUGUUGAGUCUUAAAGCAGGUGUAAUGUUUAACAGACUCUGACUACUUUAAUUUCCUUUUCAAGGCCAAAUUUUGAGUUGCUUAUGUAUGAAAUAUCUAUCCAUGCCCUUAUUGACACUAAACUGAUAUGACAGUUUAAUAUGUAAUGAGCAAUUUUAGUCUCCCGUCAAGUAAUGGACACACAAGGCUCAGCGUUUUCAAAACCAUCCAGCAUGCCGACUUUCGCCACAAGAGGACACUGUUGCAUAACCUCACACGAACAGGAACAACGUUUGAAUCCGUGGAAACAUAAAAUCUGGGUGAAAAUCUGGGUAUUUUUCGGUGAAAUUCGGUAAAAGCCAAAAACGCUGAGCCUUGUGGACACAGUAUUUGUUCAGGCCCUAGAAAACACCCGACAACGCGUGUAGAGAAGCGGAUGUGUUUGCAGUAUCUUGGCCUCAAGCGUUGAGCUUUAUCGAAGCGUGGAUGUGGUGAAGCACUAGGACAGAUGAGUUAGAGGCUCGGUGGGUUGUCGAGAGGAAAUCCACUCCCCCAGAGACUUGUGGGAAUUCAUUUGGGAGUUGAGCGUUUCUGCUGACGGCUGCAGACGAGUCAUUUCUUCCUCAUGGCAUCAAGGGCGUGAAGCUGAACUUGGCAAUGCUGGGUUAGGCGACUUGGACUCGGUACAUAGCUCUCCAUGGUCCUCCCUGACUAUGUGGUCCUCCCUCCACUUGUGUGUGUGUGUGCCAUAUGUAUGCAGCUGUUUUAUACGCAUUUCAUAUGUGUGUCCUCUUCCAUAUUUGAGCCAUGUAUUUGUUGUGUGCCAUCUGUACGUGUGUUUUAUCAGCUGUGCUGUCAAACCCGGUGCCGAGUUCAUGGCGAGGGCCCGAAGGGAUGUGACUAAAAGGGGUUGAGUCUGGUACUUUACGACAUACACACAUGCCUGCUGUCAGACCAGAACCCACCAGAAAGAUAGUGACCUUUGACCUGUAGUGUCUUAGGCCUCGAGGUCCUCAGUCUUUUCCGUCAUAUCUUCCAAUAACUCUGAGUAGAGGACCACUGUACAGAAGAAGAGGUUCUCCUGUCGAGGCCGGAGGCAGAAAUGGUAGUGGGUCCUGUGCCUUCUGGUGGUUUACGUCUACUCAUCUCUCCCAUUACGGACACUAGUUGAAAUAAAAUAACA